CGAGAAAGAGGAAAGAUCAAAUCAUCUAAAGUUCGUGGCUUGAUUCUGCAAUUCUCCAUUUUAAACCAACAAAAAAAGAAGCUAAAUCGACGUUAUCUAGAUUCUUCAAAGAAGCAAUCAUAACGCAAUUGAUUAUAUCCAAAAAGAAAAGUUUUUCUUAACUCUUGAUCUAUAACAAUGCAGACUCCAAAAUCAAGGCCAGGAUCGUUGGAGCUGCCACAGAAGAAAUCUCCUUUACCAGCUCCCAAAGUUGCUCGGAGACUCAAGCCAAGCGGAGCAGAAUCCGAUCCAAAAACCAAGACAAUAUCGAAAACUCAAAUCCCGAAAGUAGUAGCUGAUCGUCGUUCGCCAAGAAUUCCUCUUAAUGAGAUUCAGAAGAAGCGGACAGGAAGGGUACCGGAACUAGAAUCUCAGAUAUCGCAGCUUCAAAAAGAGCUUAAGAAGGCAAAAGAAGAGCUAAACAGAUCAGAAGCAUUAAAGAGGGAAGCUCAAGAGGAAGCUGAAGAUGCCAAACAUCAGUUAAUGGACAUCAAUGCCUCGGAAGAUUCAAGAAUUGAGGAGCUGCGUAAACUCUCGCAGGAGCGAGACAAAACAUGGCAAUCUGAACUUGAGGCUAUGCAGAGACAACAUGGAAUGGAUUCAGCUGCUUUGUCUUCUGCCAUUAACGAAGUUCAGAAACUGAAAUCAAAGCUCUUUGAGUCCGAGUCCGAGUUAGAGCAGUCCAAAUUUGAGGUAAGGUCUUUAGAGAAUCUUGUUAGACAGCUCGAGGAAGAAAGAGUAAACAGUAGAGACUCAACAGCAUCAAUGGAAGUGGAAGAGCUGAAAGAAGCAAUGAAUCUUGCAAGGCAAGAGAUAAUACAAUUGAAAUCUGCAGUUGAAGCAGCAGAGACAAGGUACCAAGAAGAGUAUAUACAGAGCACAUUGCAGAUAAGAAGCGCUUACGAACAAACAGAGGCGGUUAAAUCAAGAUAUUCACAGAGAGAGGCCGAGUUAACGGAAGAAUUGAAGAGAACCAAAGAUGAAAUCGAAUGUUUGCGCAAAGAGUUAAUGGAUAAGAAGAACGAAGACGAAUUUACGGGCGAUUUAAAGAAGCUUGAAUCGGAUUUGAUGGAAGUGAGAGGGAGUUUAAUGGAUAAGGAGAUGGAGUUGCAGAUUCUAAAGAGUGCAAUGGAGAAGAAAGUGGACACCGCAAACACGGAAGCCAUGGAAGCUGAGCUUAGAAGAGUGAAGGUUCAAUGUGAGCAAUGGAGGAAAGCUGCCGAGACAGCGGCUUCUAUACUGAACAAUGAUGAGGAAAGAACAGAUUCUAUUGAGACUAGCAAAAUGUUGAAGAAGUUUGGUGUGUUACUCAAGAAAAACCAUAAGUAAUAAUAAUAAUACUGAUUCUUUUUUACUUCAUUUAAUAAAAUUGAAAAAAUGGCAUUAUUGUUGUAUGUAAAUUUGUAAAAUUUCGAUUUGAUUUGUCUAAAUUUAUAAUUUUGUAAACGUUGCCACAUUUGUUGAUGAAAUUUGUAUUGUGAAGUGUUCAUUUGCAUUCAAGACUUGUUAUAAAACUGCUAGUGACCAUCUGGAUUAUAAUGGUGCUGUUGAGUGUGAGCAGCUAACAGCAAAUUUAGUUUGGUCCUGUGCAUUGAUUUUACAUGUAUAGAAGAGUGUAAAGUAAAAGUUUUGUAAUAGAAUUUGAAACUGUAA